UGUUUGUUGAGGAACAUGGCGCUGUUGUGGCGAGUCCUUAAGGCCCAACCUGGUGUAACUCAGUGGGUAACAGCAAGCAGCCAAUUGACACCCUCACUUCUUUCCCAAAGACGGUGGCUCCAGACAUCCUCUGGCAUUUUCCAGUGGUCCCAGAAGAGCCUUUUCCAAGUGGAUGGUGGAUCAGAACAGAUCACUGGAAUAGGCCCAUGUCUAAACAGGACAUAUCACACUUCAGUCCAGUUUCUAAAGUCUCAGGACUCCUCAAAACCCAUUGAAGAGAAGGUUGGUGCCCUCACAAAGAUAAUAGAAGCCAUGGGAUUCACAGGACCAUUGAAAUACAGUAGAUGGAAGAUUAAGAUUGCUGCCCUGCGCAUGUACACUAGCUGUGUGGAGAAAACUGACUUCGAGGAAUUCUUUCUAAGGUGCCAGAUGCCUGAUACAUUCAACUCUUGGUUUCUUAUUACUCUGCUUCAUGUCUGGAUGUGUCUUGUCCGGAUGAAGCAGGAAGGUCGUUCAGGGAGCUACAUGUGUCGCAUCAUAGUUCAUUUUAUGUGGGAGGACGUUGAGCAGCGUGGCAGAGUCUUGGGGGUAAAUUCCUAUAUCCUGAAGAAGAACAUGCUAAUCAUGACAAAUAGUUUCUAUGCAGGAAUCUUGGGAUAUGAUGAGGGCAUCCUGUCAGAUGAUCAUGGGCUGGCUGCUGCUAUCUGGAGGACUUUUUUUAACCAGAAAUGUGAAGACCCCAGACAAUUGGAGCUACUGGUAGAGUAUGUAAGGAAGCAGAUGCAGUACCUGGAUUCCAUGAAUGGGGAAGAACUUCUCUUAACUGGGGAGGUGUCUUGGCGCCCUCUCGUGGAGAAAAAUCCCCAAAGCGUUCUGAAACCCAGUUUGCCAACAUACAAUGAUGAAGGCCUCUGAGGGGUGGCCCCUCCAAGCUAUGGAGCAGCUGCCCUUGAGGAGAAGCUAGGAACAAGGGUCCUUGGUGGGGAAGGUGAUAGAAGCAGAAGGCACCCCCAGUCCCGGGCCUUCUCUACCCCUGGAACUCUGCAGUGCUACUGAGAGCAAAUGGGUUGGGAUGUAUCUAUCCCUCCACAUGAAGCAUAGCAUUGAGUUGGGAAUUAAAAGAAAUAGAGAAUUAAAAAAAAAA